AUGAAGCAGAUUGACCUUGUUCAGAAGGAUGGGUCCAGCCAGGUAUUCAGCUUUCCGGCCGGCCGCAAGAUCUACAUCUGCAGCCUCCGAGUCCCUCGUGAAGAAAUGAAGAGCUUUUUGGAAGCCUGUGAGGAGCCGGUCUACACCACGGGAGAUCAGAGUUUGGCAGAAGCAAUGUGGAUGGGCAAGGUGCCCUGCGUGAAACCUGACGCCAAAGUGCAGCAGUGGCACUUGGCUUUGAUGGCGAAAGUGGCCGGAGCUAUGGACAAAGUUCCUGAUCUGGGCCAUGAGCUGCGGACGCUGGUCAGAGAUGAAAGUGCCAGAGAGGCUGCGAUGCUCCGCUCUCGAGGGCUCAGCGAAGCAUGUGAGAAGCAGAUCGUUGCGCAAUUGGGUUGUCCGCCAAGCCAGUGGAACUCGACACAACAGGUUCUUGCUCGAUCUGGCAUGCUGGGAUGA